ACUCGCGAGAGGUGUGGUGUGCGCCAGAGGCGUUGGAGGCGGACUAGAUCCGCGCUGUGGGGUGGACGUGGGCGGGCAAAUUAAAACGCUCAGCCCAAUGGAAAAGAAGGGAUCAGGUGCCCGGGGCCACACAGGUCGCCGGGAAUUAGGCGGUGAGAGCCAAGGGCGGAGUUUGAGAAAGGGGCUGCGCUCAAGCCGUUCCAGGAGCGAAGGCCCUUCAGCCAUGACCUCCACCGGCCAAGAUUCUUCUACCAGGCAGCGAAAGAGUAGGCACAAUCCCCAGUCGCCCCCUCAGGACUCCAGCGCCACCUUGAAGCGAAGUGUUAAGAAGGGUACUGUAUCCCACUCCAGCCCCAAUCUAGCAGAGGUAAAGAAGAAAGGGAAAAUGAAGAAGCUCAGCCAAACGGUUGAAGAAGACCUGAUCGUGGGGCUUCAAGGGCUGGAUAUGGACCCUGAGACAAGAGUAUUGGUUGGUACUGGAUUGGUGUUUGAUGAGCAACUAAAUGACUUCCACUGCCUUUGGGAUGACAGUUUCCCUGAAUGCCCUGAGCGGCUCCAUGCCAUCAAAGAGCAGCUGAUCCUGGAGAGCCUGCUGGACCGCUGUGUGUCCUUUCAGGCCCGGUUUGCUGAGAAGGAGGAGCUGAUGUUGGUUCACAGCCUGGAAUACAUUGAUCUGAUGGAAACAACCCAGUACAUGAAUGAAGGAGAACUUCGCAUACUAGCAGGCACCUAUGAUUCCGUCUAUCUGCAUCCGAACUCAUACUCAUGUGCCUGCCUGGCCACAGGCUCUGUCCUCAGGCUGGUAGAUGCGGUCCUGGGGGCUGAGAUUCGGAAUGGCAUGGCCGUCAUCAGGCCUCCUGGACACCAUGCCCAGCGCAGUCUUAUGGAUGGGUACUGCAUGUUCAACCAUGUGGCUGUGGCUGCCCGCUAUGCUCAAAAGAAGCACCGCAUUCAGAGGGUUCUGAUCGUGGAUUGGGAUGUGCACCAUGGUCAAGGAACACAGUUCACCUUUGACCAGGACCCCAGUGUCCUUUAUUUCUCCAUCCACCGAUAUGAACAAGGUCGGUUCUGGCCCCACCUUAAAGCUUCUAACUGGUCCACAGUAGGUUUAGGCCAAGGCCAAGGAUAUACUAUCAAUGUACCUUGGAACCAGGUGGGGAUGCGGGACAUUGACUACAUUGCUGCAUUCCUGCACAUCCUGAUGCCAGUUGCCUUUGAGUUUCAGCCUCAGUUGGUCCUGGUGGCUGCUGGAUAUGAUGCCCUCCAAGGAGACCCGAAGGGAGAGAUGGCUGCCACUCCAGCAGGAUUUGCCCACCUGACCCAUUUGCUCAUGGGUCUGGCAGGAGGCAGGUUGAUUCUGUCCCUGGAAGGCGGCUAUAACCUCCAUGCCCUGGCUAAGGGUGUCAGUGCAUCACUCCACACCCUUCUUGGAGACCCUUGCCCCAUGCUGGAGUCCCCUGGUGUACCUUGUGCAAGUGCCAAGACUUCGAUCUCCUGCACUCUAGAAGCCCAUGAACCCUUCUGGGAAUUCCUUGUGAGAUCAGUCGAGCCCCGGGAGGAAGAUGAAGUGGAGGAAGACAAGGUAGAAGAGGAAGAUGAGGGCCGCUGGGAGGUUGCUACGCUGCCGCUGGAUACAUGUAGAUGGCCAGUGCUGCAGGAUCGCACUGGGCUGGUCUAUGAUGAAAAAAUGAUGAGUCACUGCAACCUAUGGGACAAUCAUCAUCCUGAGACACCUCAGCGCAUCUUACGGAUCAUGUGCUACUUGGAGGAGCUGGGCCUUGCAGCACGCUGCCUCAUCCUACCUGUGCGGCCUGCCAUGGAUGCUGAGCUUCUUACUUGCCACAGUGCCGAGUACGUGGAGCGGAUCCGGGCCACAGAAAAGAUGAAAACCCGGGAGCUGCACCGCGAAGGUUCCAGCUUUGACUCCAUCUACAUCUGCCCCAGCACCUUUACCUGCGCACAGCUUGCCACGGGCGCUGCCUGCCACCUGGUGGAAGCUGUGCUUUCAGGAGAGGUUUUGAAUGGCAUUGCAAUAGUGCGCCCUCCGGGACACCAUGCAGAGCGGGAUGCUGCUUGUGGUUUCUGCUUUUUCAACUCUGUCGCUGUAGCUGCUCGCCAUGCCCAAGUCAUUGCCGGACGUGCCCUGCGGAUCCUGAUCGUAGACUGGGAUGUUCACCAUGGUAAUGGAACUCAGCACAUGUUUGAGGAUGACCCCAGUGUAUUAUACAUGUCCCUGCACCGGUAUGACCGUGGCACUUUCUUCCCCAUGGGGGAUGAGGGUGCUAGCAGCCAAGUAGGCCGAGCCGCAGGUACAGGCUUCACUGUCAAUGUGCCCUGGAAUGGACCCCGCAUGGGUGAUGGUGACUACCUGACUGCCUGGCAUCGUCUGGUACUUCCCAUUGCCUAUGAAUUUAACCCGGAACUCGUACUGGUUUCUGCUGGCUUUGAUGCUGCACAAGGGGACCCACUGGGUGGCUGCCAAGUGACACCUGAGGGUUAUGCCCACCUUACUCACCUACUGAUGGGCCUUGCCAAUGGCCGCAUUAUCCUCAUCCUCGAGGGUGGAUACAACUUGGCAUCCAUCUCUGAAUCUAUGGCUGCCUGCACCCAUUCCCUCCUUGGAGAUCCACCACCCACACUUACCUCACUGCGACCUCCACAGCCAGGAGCCCUGGCCUCAAUCACUGAGACCAUCCAAGUCCAUCGCAGAUACUGGCGCAGUUUGCGGAUGAUGAAGAUGGAAGACAAGGAAGAAUGCCCCAGUUCUAAGCCUGUCAUCAAGAAGCUGCCCAAAGCAACCAAUCCCGUGUCAGCUAAGGGAACGGCCACACCUUCUGGAAAGGGUCCAGAAGCAAGCAUGAGGAAGACUGCAGCAGCAGCAUCUGCAAAAGAAUCUCCGCUAGGCCAUACUAAGUCAAAGACAGCUAAGGCCGUGCUUGCUCAGGGCCAGUCCUCAGAACAGGCUGCCAGAGGAGCUUCACUGGACCAGGCCACCUCAAAGGAGACUUCUGUGAGAGGAACCACAAUAGACCAUCAUGCCUCAGUAGAAACCAUAAAAAAUACGCCUAACCAGAACACCGUCGAGGAUCCUGUGGGAGAAACUGAGCCAAUCCGAACUCCCCAAGCCUCGUGCGCAGACAAGCAGACUACAGAAGCUUCCCCUGUGCAGGGAGCCACAGCCCAGCAGUCCCCAGACCCAGUGAGCAGUCUCAGUGGGCGUCUCAGCACUUUGAAACUAAACAGUGCAGCUCUGGAGGUCUGUGACUAUGAGGCGGACCUUCUAGGAGAAGCAGCUGGAGGGCAGGACAUGAACAGCUUGAUGCUGACACAAGGAUUUGGGAACUUUAAUGCCCAGGAUGUCUUUUAUGCUGUGACCCCACUAUCCUGGUGUCCCCACUUGGUGGCAGUAUGCCCCAUUCCUGCAGAAGGCCUGGAUACGGCCCAACCAUGUAAGACCUGUGGGACACUCCAGGAGAACUGGGUGUGUCUGACUUGCUAUCAGGUGUACUGCAGUCGCUAUGUCCGUGCCCAUAUGGUCCACCACCACGAAGCCUCUGAGCACCCGUUAGUCCUCAGCUGUGUUGACCUGUCUACCUGGUGUUACGUCUGCCAGGCUUAUGUCCACCACCAGGAUCUCCAGGAAGUGAAGAGCGCUGCUCACCAGAGCAAGUUUGGGCAGGACAUGCCCCACUCACACUAAGUCCCAGAACAAGCUGCUGCCUUCUGAGGCCCCAGACAGCAGCUUAGUACACUGCAACCUGUACCUUGGAUGAGGGUGGCCUCACUUGAAUCCAUCCUGAAUAUCCUUUGUACAGUGCUUACUUAAGUGCACAUCCUUUUAAAAGGACUUAUAAUGUUCGGUUGUAAAUCUGCCCCUGCUCACUGCCUGCUCGAGGAACGUUACUGUUCUACCCCAGAAGGAAGGAGGGACAACUUAGGAGCUGAAAUCACAAGGAUGACAUGGAAGGGUACAACUGGCAGUUAUAGCAGGCUUGCAUAUUUAAUAAAGUUUAAGUUGUUACAAAACCUGAAGAAA